AUGAGCACUGCGUUGCAGCCAUGUUUGCCCAGGUUGAAUUCGAAGAGAAUCGAAAAGGCUCAACUCAGAUCGGGUGCAAAAGAGUUCAAUAAACCUAUUGGGGUUUCAAUUCCUGGUCACAAAGUGAAUCGGAAGAUAUUUUCAGCAUUACAGUCAAAUGAUUCCUCCGAUGACGACGAUGAAACUUCACCCCUCGAAAGACCACCCAACAGUGAAGAGUUGAAGGCGUUACUUGCCGAUUCUGAGAGAUCGAAGCUCGUAAGGAAACUUAGUGAAGCAAAUCAACAGAAUAGGUUUCUCAAACGCCAGGUUUGA